AUGCCGCCUCAAGACCGUACAGCCCGCCGAUGCCCUCCAGUGCUUCCACCGCAAGCAGCGCAUCUUGUUCAUGGGUGGGUGGGGCGUGCUGUUCAUGGGUGGGUGGGGCGUGCUGUUCAUGGGUGGGUGGGGCGUGCUGUUCAUGGGUGGGUGGGGCAUGCUGUUCAUGGGUGGGUGGGGCGUGCUGUUCAUGGGUGGGUGGGGCGUGCUGUUCAUGGGUGGGUGGGGCGUGCUGUUCAUGGGUGGGUGGGGCGUGCUGUUCAUGGGUGGGUGGGGCGUGCUGCUCAUGGGUGGGUGGGGCGUGCUGCUCAUGGGUGCAUAGGGCAUGCUGCUCAUGGGUACGUGGGUGCUGUUGAUGGGUUCAACCUCACCAGGAACGGCCGCGCCUUUGUGUUCAAUCUGACAUACGUGGCACACAUGGGGUCGAUGCACGAGGUGCUGCCAGCGUGGAUGUUCAACACGAGUCUUCUGGGAGGCGCUGUGCUGAGCCGCCAAGACACACCCUUCCAACUCGUCGCCUACAGCUCCUUCCUGCAUGAUCUCCCCUCAAUGAACUCACCACUGGACUAUAGAAGAGUGGCGUGCAUGCACCUGCUGCCCAGCAUGCGCCAGCACAUGCAGGACGCGCGGCGAGUGACCGUCUUUGGCCCGUGGGCGGCCAGAGAGUACAGAAAGCCGUUCUUCCUGCUCUUCAAGAGCGACAACGUGCGUGGCAUGGCCUUUGAGAAGGAAGCUUCUAGGUGGGUGGCGCUUCAGGAGGAAUUUUCCAGGUGGGUGGCGCUUCAGGAGGAAGAUUCGUGGUGGGUGAUGCUUUAG